UUUUAUCUUCAAAUUCAUCCAACUUUUAAGGAUGUGGGGUUUUGCUUCUAACGCCAUAGCAAGCAUUGGGUUAAAGAGUUCAAGAGAGGCGAGUCGAGCAUGUUCCGAGCUUUCAGACGAAGAAGUCUGUUCAAACGGUAGUGGAGACGAAGCUUUGGAAUGUCCCAUUUGUUUGGAAUCUUUCAACAUAGCCGAGAAUGUGCCUUAUGUCUUAUGGUGUGGUCAUACCCUUUGCCAAAAUUGUAUCUUGGGGAUCCAAUCUACUGUUUUGAAGCUCCCCACUUCGCAAUUCAAGAUCCCUUUCGUCAUUUCUUGCCCAUGGUGCCAUUUUCUCUCCCUUCGCCUGGUUUGCAGAGGGAAGCUCAAGUUCCCUCGCAAGAAUUUCUUCCUUCUAUGGAUGAUUGAGAGCUUGAAUGGUGAUAGAUAUGGCGAUGUAAGGAGAAUGCAGUCCGGAGAUAAUCGAUGUAAUCUAAUGCUUGGACACCAAGCUAGCAACAGCCUCCUUAGAAGGGAGUCAUAUGCUCGUGGUUCUCAACAAAUUCAGUCUCGAGAUAAUGGUGGCGGUGAUCACGUGGAGAGGCAUCAUCAGUUCUCACUUUAUAAAUCGUUUUAUUUCUUCAUUCACCUUACUACCAAGUUCCCGUUGGUCAUCAUGUUCCUUUUAAUUGUUUUCUUUGCAAUACCGGGGAGUGUUGUUAUCUUAUUACUUUACUUACUUGUGAUGAUUGUUUUCGCUGUCCCAUCUUUCUUGGUGCUGUACUUUGCAUUCCCUAUGUUGAAUAGGCUGGUUAGAGAAAUAACCUCAUGAGAUGUUGCUUUCUCACUUCGAAGGACUAGAGAUUUGUGGUUUGAAAUGAAAAGCUUUCAGAUUCGUGUAUUGUUUUCAUGAUGAAAUAUAACUUGAAAACAUCUUGAAAACUCGUUUUUUGCAAUUGUGGUGGUGUAUUUGAAUUAGUUGUCAUUGAAGUGGCUGCUAACCUUUUGUACAGGCUUAACUUCCCAAAUGAAUAUAAUGUACAUUUUGUUGUGGUUA